AUGCAUAUAGAUGUAGCAUAUUGGGUGCUUCGUUACUUGAAAACCAUGCUUGGACAAGGGCGAACGAAGCAGAGCAAAUUCCGUUAUCUAUCCACACCAAAAUUCAAUCUUUUCGCAUUCUCUCAAUCCUUGAUAUCCAUCGUUUUCUCUGAAUCGGGUUUUUUUGAGAAUUCAUCAGCCAUGGUUUACGAUUCGAUCGCCAACGCUUCGAUCCCGACUGCGGUUUCCAAUCCGAAGGAAAUUAGCAAGAAAAAGCGGGUGAACAGGACUGCCAAAUUGAAGCAGUGCAAGCUUGAUGCUCGUCGUGAACAGUGGCUUUCUCAAGUGAAGAACAAGGGGUUUAAGGAAGAAAAUAAAGGCGAUGUUCGUGCAAAAAUGCCUGCUUCAGACAUGCAUGCCUCAAACGAGGGAGAUCGAUCGCUGGUGAAAUUAGUGAUUAAUCCUGGUGGUGAAGAGAACGAUGGUUUGAUGAAUCAUUACAGCGAUUGGGAGUCGCCUUCCAACAGCCCUACUAGUCAUACAAGCAGCUUGGGAAGUAACAGAUCAGUGGCUAAUUUCACCGGUAGUAGUAGCCGGAGCAGCAGCAGUAGCAGCGGUGGUUGUUAUUCAGAAAGCAUGACAGAAGAAGAUGAUGGUGACGAUGGAUGCUUGGAUGAUUGGGAAGCAAUUGCUGAUGCUUUAGCCGCCGAUGACAUUAAAACAAUCAUAACCCUAAUCCGGACUCCACAACCGCAUCAUCAGAGCUAGAGCCUGUAGAAACAAUCAAAGAGGAUCAAGAGGAUUCCCAUGCACAAGUGAAUCAUCGAGCCUGGAGACCAG